GAAAACCCAGAGUUCUUCUUUCAAUGCACAUUCUCUCAGAGAACGAGUCAGAGGUGAGACCAGAGCUGCAACAUGUGUUGUUCCUGCUCUAUUAGAGGCUGGCUGCUUUUCUUCACAAUCCUACAAGUGAUUGGUGGCAUGAGUUUCAUUGUCACCCCUUGGAAGUAUUACAGGAGCAGUGAAAAUGACCUAGAUGAACGUCUGUCUCCUGUCAGAUGGACUAUCUUCACAGCAGGUGUGGUCUCCUUUCUCCUUGGCAUCACGGGUCUGCAUGGAGCUCGUAAGAAGAACAAGAACUUCCUGAUCACGUAUUCAGUUGGAUCUUGCCUGCGAUGCUUUGGACUGGGUUUUCUGACCUACUACCUUCCACCACAGCUUCCAAAUAUGAUGAAAGCCUGGUAUGAAGGGUACGUCCCGUUGCACACAAAUGGAAGAGAUGUGGUACCAGGACUGAUGCAACUGCAAACCAUUGGUGAAUGCUGUGGAUUGGUCAAUGGGUAUAAAGAUUGGGGUUCUCACGUCCCCUCCUCGUGUACAUGCUAUCCUCUCCGACUAGAGUCCUGUGUUUUUACUGAGCAUGGCUUUGUUUACAAACAACCUUGUAUGGAUCUAAUUGUGAAGAUUUACAUGGACAUGAAUAUUGUGAGGAACACCUGUAUUUUCUACGUGGUCAUUACGUCUCCCAGUCCCUGCCACCAUGUUACAGAUCGCAUUCACACUUCUCCAGAAGUUGCAUUGUAUGCACUCCACGCCAUUGUAAUGCUUCUGGCGUUGGUAAUGACCCGUAGAAUCCAAAAGGCCUCCUCGGCUGAGGUGACCAUGGAUCUUAGCUAUAGAAACGUAACCAACAUGGAAAUGGCAACUACUCCUCAAGCUCCUCCCAUGCUGCCUGCCACACAAGCUCCUCCCAUGCUGCCUGCCACACAAGCUCCUCCCAUGCUGCCUGCCACACAAGCUCCUCUUCAUGCCAGCUCUUAUUACCAGCCACCUCCUCCGUACCAGUACGAUGGGAAACACUAGAGGGACGUGACUGACCUGCGAACCCAUGUUGAAUUUCCUCAUUGAUUACAACUGGACCAGGGUUAGGUUUAAGGCUAGGGUUAAAGUUAGGGUUAGGUUUAAGGCUAGGGUUAAAGUUAGGGUUAGGUUUAAGGCUAGGGUUAAAGUUAGGGUUAGGUUUAAGGCUAGGGUUAAAGUUAGGGUUAGGUUUAAGGCUAGGAUUAAAGGCUAGGGUUAAGGUUAGGGUUAGGUUUAAGGCUAGGGUUAAAGUUAGGGUUGAGUUUGGGGUCAAUUUGAGUGUUUUCCUUCAUUGGACUGCCAAUGUGUUGCACCCCAAUAUGCCGUAGUAACGGCUGAGCACUUCUGUUAAUGUGAGACAAUUUGUUUGUGGGUUCUGGAAAUAACGUGGCCGAGGGAAGGGGCCCAUUUCAUUGUCAAACAAUCACCCACGUGAAUCACCAGUUUUCCUGUCUGGUAACUCCUCUAACAUCAAAUAAACUUAUUUUCUAAAUA